UGAGGAUAUUCUAGUAAUUUAAUUAUCUUAUUUAAUGUUUUCUUAAACUAUGUGCAAACUCUAGAAUAACACUUAUUUUGGAACGGAGGAAAUAGUAUUGAAAGAGGUCAAAUUAGUAAUUACGUAAAAGAAAAACCUUCCUAAUAAGGGAGCAUUAUACACAAAUGGCGCCCUCUCCUCAUUUUAGCAGCCUGUUAAGUUGUACGAGGUAGGUAAAAGCCCAAAAGAGAAAUAAAAUUAAGAUAGAAAAGGAUCUAACGCUCUACGCGCCGUCGACGCGCCGCCUUUUGUGAUAAAGAAUCAGAAAAGGGGGAAAAAAAAAUCCAAUCGAAAGAAGGAAGAAGUUUCGCGAAGCUAUGGAGCAGCCGAGCAAUGGAGGAGAAGCAAAGAUGGAAGAUAUAGCGUUGGAGACGCCAGCAGCGGGGGAAAAGGUUCCGGGUCAGGAGACGGACCCUAGUCCGAAACCGGAUCCAAAAUCAAGCGGAGCAAAUGUAGAUCAACACAACGAGAAUGUGACAAAAAAGGAGAGCACCAACGACAAUAUUAAUACCAAUAUUAACGGUGGUUUAUUAUCACCUGAAACUAUAAAUAGCAUUAAUAGUACUGAAAAUCUAAUUAAUACCGAGAUUAAUGAGACUGCGGGUGGCGACGACAGAUCGGCCAGCCCUCUGAACACCAAGUCGAAGAAAUCGGUGCGGUGGAGCGAGGAUUUGGUAUCGGAAUCGCCGCGGCAGGGAACUACGUCGUCGCAUUCUGACGACCGUGGAUCCAAUCCUUACGUCGCUUUUUCUCCGGCUUCUUCCAAUAAUUCUUCAUCCAUCAAUUUCAAGGAGACGAUGGAGAGUGUGAAGGAUGUUUUGGGAAGAUGGGGGAAGAGUGUUAAGGAAGCAACAAAGAAGGCGGAAGUGAUGGCUGGGAACACUUGGCAACAUUUGAAAACUGGUCCAAGCCUUACUGAUGCUGCACUUGGAAGAAUUGCACAGGGAACUAAGGUUCUGGCAGAAGGUGGUUAUGAGAAGAUAUUUCGGCAAACGUUUGAGACAGUUCCAGAGGAGCAGCUUCAGAACUCGUAUGCUUGUUAUUUGUCCACGUCAGCUGGUCCUGUGAUGGGCGUUUUGUAUGUUUCAACCGCCAAGCUUGCCUUUUGUAGUGACAGUCCUCUCUCAUACAAGUCCAAUGAUAAGACUGAGUGGAGCUAUUACAAGGUGGUUAUUCCAUUGCAUCAGCUGAAAGCAGUUAACCCGUCAACAAGCAGAAGCAAUCCUUCUGAGAAAUACAUCCAAGUCAUAUCAGUUGAUAACCAUGAGUUUUGGUUCAUGGGCUUCCUUACCUAUGAUGGUGCUGUGAAGAGCCUGCAAGAGCUAUUACAAGUCCAACAACCUGUCUGAAUUGUGCUACUCUUGUCACUGUCUGAAAAUCCUCUGCCAAAGAAUGUGCUUUCAUGUUAAAUUUUUCAUUGUACAACCAGUUGUUUUCCAUUUUCUUAUUUCAGUCACCUGAAAGGUUAAGCCAAUAGAGAUAUGCGUAACAAUUCCAUUUCAGGAGUUGUACUCUUACUUCAUUUUACCUAGAUGAAGCAAGUGUUAACGUGAACGAUACAGAUUCCUUUGUUCAGAAGGAACAUGGAAAAUUUUGAAUUGGGUUGAUUGUGAUUAUGGUAAGCUGGUAACCUGGAAUUGUUCCCCAGCCUUUUUGCUAAUAGAUAUUUUUCCCUUCCUUUUUCCUGUCCAGCUAAUGAUUGGAACCUGGAGGACAUAUAUCCUCCAAAAGAGAAUAAGUGAUUUAGCAUAUUACAGGUACCAAAAUUUACAUCCCUUCUUUUGGUUUUCAGUUCGGAUUAGAAAGAAUUUGAGCUUCUUCCUAAGCAAUACGUGUCCGUGAUUCUUCGUGAUGCUUUGGAGGGAAUUGCACGUUAAGCAAGCGGGAAAUUUACUUCUUCUACAAUCAUUAUCAAAGGGGUGAAAUCUGGUAAUGUAAUGCGAUUGUCAUAUUGAUGGUCAUUGGAAAAGAAGGUACACUCACUGGACAAACAAAGCAUUGUAUGAGAGGGAGAUGGGGUGAAAGUUUUGCCAAGAAAGGGAUGAGGGAAGAACAAAAAUGAACAGACACUGUACCACCUGUAUUUGUAUUAAUUGACUUCAUAAUUAUUUUACCAGGAAGAUGAAGAUAAGUGUGGGGUAUGGGCCAAAAAAUUAUAGUGUGAAAUAGAAGCAAAGGUUUUGUAAUAAAUUGGUGGUAAUUUUAUUUUAUUUUUUUUGUUUUGACAAAGACCAGUUAUGCUGUUUGGGUGCAAGCUGGAUGGUAGUGGAGGAAGCAUUUGAAACUGUCAGCCCAAACAAAGCAAGAGAAGAAAGAAAGAAAAAGAAUCAAAAGAAGGUGUGUUUUUUUCCUUGGCUUUAUUUAUAUAGCUUAGCUACCCACCCCUUCAAAAUCCAAAACAUAACACUCUACUACACAAACAGUUGGGUCCAUGCUCUAUGUAUUAUUCUAGACCAUAGCAACUAACCAAAUCUGAUCUGACUAAAGCCCUUCAUAGCUGCUACCUCUGCAACUCUCACAUGCAACCCAAUUAUUUUCAUAUUUAUAUCAAAUCAUCUGUCAGUGUCAAUAACCCCUAUUUAUAGGACACUUAAAUGUUGUUUCUUUUCUUACAAAAAUGAUUUAUUAUUGAUACCAUUAUGCUUGAUUGGGGGUAGUCAAUGUGCAUAUGAUUUCAUCUAGUAAAAUUUAGAUCUGAAAAUACAUGCAAUUA